AUGGCCUCGAAAAACAAGUACUCCGUCAUCUUGCCGACGUACAAUGAGCGGAAAAACCUACCAAUUAUUUGCUGGCUUAUCGAGAAGACAUUCCGCGAGAAUAAUCUUGACUGGGAAGUCAUCAUCGUAGACGAUGGCUCUCCUGACGGCACCCAAGACAUCGCGAAACAACUUCAGAAAGUCUGGGGCGCAGACCGAAUCGUCCUGAAGCCGCGAGCAGGCAAGCUCGGUCUCGGAACCGCAUACGUCCACGGCCUGCAGUUCGCAAAGGGCAACUUUGUCAUCAUCAUGGACGCUGACUUCAGCCACCACCCCAAAUACAUACCCGAAAUGAUCAAGAUCCAAAAGGACUCCAAUGCAGACAUUGUGACCGGCACGAGAUAUGCGAAGCGCGGCGAACUCAGGGGUGGUGUGUUUGGAUGGGAUUUGAUCCGCAAGUUCACCUCGCGCGGCGCCAACCUCAUUGCCGACGUGAUGUUGAUGCCCGGUGUGAGCGAUUUGACAGGCAGUUUCCGUCUCUACAAGAAGAGCGUGCUGGAAAAGGUUAUCACAAGUACCGAAAGCAAGGGCUACUCUUUCCAAAUGGAGAUGAUGGUUCGUGCCAAAGGUUUGGGCUACAAGGUCGAAGAAUGCCCCAUCACGUUUGUCGAUCGACUUUAUGGUGAUAGCAAGCUCGGAGGUGACGAGAUUGUUGGCUAUCUCAAGGGUGUUUUCUUAUUGUGGCUCAAAGUUUAG